AUGAUUCUAUCGCAACCACUGUUUGGACUUCUCCUUGCCGUCCAUUUCUGCAGUGCGGCUAUAUCAGACAACUUUACGAUUGAGGAGGCCGUGUCGCAUCCUAAUGCAACCGGAAGCUGGCCUAUCUAUGGCAUUGACGUAACAAAGCCAAUGUUGGACCCCCCCGAUGACGAGUAUGGCAAAGGGAACGGGUGGAGCAUCAAUAUGGCCGUCGCGACAAAUAUCACGGAUCCUGAUGACAGCAAUUCCGUCUCGUUUCCCUCUAUGAUUACCCUUCAAGGCCCGGCCAACCCGUUUGCAAAUGUGAACGCAACAGAGGACGACCUAAAGAGUUACAAGAUUUGUUCGUUCGUCUGGUGGACCAACGGGUGGUCAGUGCAAGAUUUGGAAAAGCUCCAUCAGGAUGUCGACGGAUCUUGCAAUGGAGUCAUUUCGGCGGACUGCAUCAAGGACAUCCGAGAGACCUCCGUCGACAGGGUGUGUACCACAGUUGCCAGUUUUGAAACGCCAAAGAGUUGUCAUGAUGUUCUCAGGUCCCCACUUCCACUUUCAAGGGACCUCACUUUUAAGCUUAGUGAUAAAAACAUGACCCAAAAUGGCCCUUCAAUCGAUUUGUUCGGCGGUUGGGGGCCAUAUUCCAAUAGCUCAGAAGAUUGGGUACGCGAUACAUAUGAUCAGGCCCUCACCAAUGUCUACCCUGUGCUCCUCACAUAUAAAUAUGGCAAUGGGGAGACUAGCACAAAUCAUAGUGUUUUUAGAUGUGUUCGUGCCAACAACAUUGUGGCAGGCAGUCGUACACCCGAUACAUUUGGGAGGUUUAGACGAAGUUCAGGGCACCGUGCUAGAUGGCCAGUCUGCUCGGUUGUAGUAGCAUUGAUUUUUUCUGUUUCGAUUACUUCAUUUUUGUAA